GGCGGUCACUUGCCUGCCUCGUAAAUCACAGGCAUGUGUCUUUCCCCAUGUUGGCUUUGUUUGGUCUUCUUUCCCCUCAAGUUUGAAAAUUGCUCAGAAAUGGGAAAUUUCUGAUUUGGAAAUGCCUGCUGUUUGUAGUGAGAAUAAUUUCCACAUUGUAUUUGGUACAACCGUAGCCCUACAUUAUUAUGUAACAACUGAAAGUAAAACAGAACGAGGAGGGGCUGGAGCCUUUGCCGCUGUCACUGCUGCAAGCUUAAUCUUAACUUCUUCUGUGCCAACUUGCUACACAGCUUUUCCAAGACUUGUCCACAAUGUCCCUGAUGCAGAUUCAGUGCUUCUGGUGUGAGUAAUGUUCCAGCAGACAGGAUGCUGGGGAGGGUGCAGCCAACAUGAAACUCUGCUGGAACACUGAGCAGGACAAAAACACACCUGAAUAGUAUUUGUCUGCAACAUCAGCUAUAUCUUCUGUUGAAGAGCCAUUUACUUUGCCUUUUAAAGAAUGAGAUGAGACUAAUCAUCUUCUUCCUAUGUGCUUAUGUACCAAAGGCGGCAGCAGGUCAUUGCAAAUGGGCAGAAGUUUUGAAAGAUUUGGAGCAGAUCAAGACAUCCAAAGACAUUGAUAUUAGUUUAUAUACUGCAAACACAGAUGAGGAUAAAGAAUGCCAAGAACCCGUGAUGAGAUGCUUCUUCUUAGAGACGGAAGUGAUUCUUCAAGAAUGUCUUAUAAAAAAAUGUAGUAAAACACAGGAUGUAAUGAAUAUAUGGAAAAAUGGAAAUGCAAGCUUAAAAAAUAACAAGUUGAAUUCCACAACAUCAGCAAAAUGCAAAGAAUGUGAAGAGUAUGAAGAAAAAAAUUUUACAGAAUUUAUACAGAGUUUUGAAAAGGUUAUACAGAAGGAAUGCAAGCACUGACCGAAAGACUCAUGCUGGGAACCAAGACUCUUCCAUAAACAAGCUCAGAAAAAUUAGAUUAUCACCAACAAUAAACUGGAAAUAAAAUAAUUUUAAAUCCUACUUAGAUAGCAUAACAUACAAAGAAUACAAAAAUCCAUGUAAUUAAGAAAGUAUUCGAAACCUAAUAAAUACAACUGAUACUGCUUAUGAAACAUAAAAUAAAGAAAUUGAAAAGGUUUAAAGCUUCUUCUUGACUUUG